AGCGGCGAUUUCACGUCAGUUUUAAACGAUUCGAAAACUAAACAUGGCCGUAAUGGAAGGAUCCCUAAGUAAAUGGACGAAUGUGAUGAAGGGAUGGCAAUACAGGUGGUUCGUUUUGGACGAGAAUUCCGGAUUAUUAUCUUAUUACACGUCAAAAGAAAAGAUGACACGUGGUGUACGUAGAGGUUGCGUACGUUUAAAAGGUGCUGUAAUUGGUAUAGACGAUGAGGAUGACAGCACAUUCACCAUCACAGUAGAUCAUAAGACGUUCCAUUUCCAAGCUAGGGACGCGGAAGAACGAGAAAAGUGGGUUAGAGCCCUGGAGGAUACAAUUUUUAGGCAUGGAAGUAGGAUGCGAUGGGAAUCGUCCAGACCUCCUCCCACAAUGAAAGAUUUCGAUUAUAAAGUAUCCGAAGCGGACGCUUAUUUACAAUUAAUGAUUGAACAAACAAAGAAUUUAGAGGAGAAAAUUGAUCACAUUGAAGAUCCUCAAGAAAAAACUAAGUGUCAGUUGAUUUUAGAUCACGCAAACGCAAUGUUAAAUGAUAUUAAACAUUCCAUAGUUUUGCUUCAAAUAGCUAAGAAUACAGCACAUCCAAUUAAUGGAAUUUACCAACAACACUUAAGCAUAUCAACUCAUAGUAACGCAGCUGGUGUUCCACCAGGUUUAGGAGAUACAACAGUCCAACAGGGUGUAGAAUUAGGAUCAGAAUGUACAGAAAAUGCAAGAAGGCGAUCAACGAUUCCAACUUCUCCGUCUUUAGUAGUUCCCGUUAUGUCUUAUUCAAGUUCAGAGGAGGAAGACGAUUUUUUCGACGCCAACGAUUCACCAUUCGCUGCAUCGAAUCAAAUUCCAAGCCCCACAGGUCAACGAACGUUUUCAAUCGACGAACAAUUAGUUUCUGUAAAAACAACGACGGGAAAUCAAGGUUCUGGUCCAAAAAGUGAACAAAGUUUAUCAUCAGAUCCAAACGUAAUUACAGAUAAUGGUUGCCUUGAUUAUGAUGCUUUAUAUGAAGACGAUAUGGAGACGGAUGUUCACUUGGAGAGCCAAGGAUCUGUUAUAAAACAUCUUUUGAGUCAAGUAAAAAUUGGUAUGGAUUUAACCAAAGUUGUUUUGCCCACAUUUAUAUUGGAAAGGAGGUCUUUAUUGGAAAUGUAUGCAGAUUAUUUUGCACAUCCAGAUUUAUUUGUUAGAAUUGCAGAUUUAAAAGAACCAAAAGAGAGGAUGGUUCAAGUUGUAAGAUGGUAUUUAUCUUCUUAUCACGCGGGUAGGAAGAGUGCUGUUGCUAAAAAACCUUACAAUCCUAUUUUGGGUGAGGUUUUUUAUUGUUUAUGGGAUUUACCUGAGAGCGAACAUUCAUCUGAUGACUCAACACCAGAUGGACCAAUUCCAUGGUGUAAAAGGAAUCAAUUAUCUUUUGUAGCUGAACAAGUUUCACAUCAUCCACCAAUUUCUGCAUUUUACGCUGAACAUUACAAUAAAAAAAUUUCCUUCGACGCACACAUUUAUACAAAAUCGAAAUUUCUUGGAUUAUCAAUAUGCGUUUAUAACAUCGGAUGUGGAAUCGUUUCCGUUUUGGAUUAUGACGAAGAGUACAUCGUAACCUUUCCCAACGGUUAUGGAAGAUCGAUUUUAACAGUUCCAUGGAUAGAAUUAGGCGGAACAGUAAAUAUUUCCUGCAAAAAAACCGGCUAUCACGCCGAUAUUGAGUUUAUAACGAAACCUUUUUAUGGUAACAAAAAACACAGAGUCAAUGCUGAGGUUUAUGGGCCUGAGGAGAAAAAGCCGUUUUUAAAUGUUAAUGGCGAAUGGAAUGGUGUUAUGGAGGCGAAAUGGAGCGAUGGGGAAUGCGAAGAAUUUAUUAAUGUUAAUAAAUUAAGCAUUGUAAAAAAAAAAGUUCGACCAAUUAAUCAACAAUUGGAAAAUGAAUCGCGAAGAUUGUGGAAGGAGGUUACUAAAGGUUUAAGGGUUAAUGACAUCGAUCAUGCCACUAAUGCCAAAGGUGCACUUGAACAAAAACAACGAGAUGAAGCCAAAUAUAGAAAAGAAAAUAAUAUUACGUGGGAAACAAAGUUAUUUAAUAAAUCUCAGGAAGAUGUAUGGACAUAUAUAAAUCCCUUAAAACAGCGAUUGUGUGAAUUAAGUACAUGAAUAAAUUCACACUAAGGGGUGGUUUGUUGGAAUCUUGGUGACUAAAAAAAACAAAAACGAAAAAAUAAAUAAUAUUGGUGCUUUUUCUAUAAAGUUACCACUAUUUCUGUCUUUACGAGAUGAUUCUAUUUUCAGAAUUAUUAUAGUGAACUGUGAUAUCGAUCGAAAAAAAAAAAAAAAUAAUGAAAGUGUAUGUAAGAAAUUAUUAUUAACAAUUGUGAUUAUAAAAAUCCACAUUUGAUUCGCUGCAGGACGGCCCCUUUCCACCAUAAACAAAUCUAAAAAGUAAACUUUAACGGUGCGCGGAUAAGUCAAUUUAGUUUUUUUACGUUUACUUUUUGUUCUGUCUGUAAUAUUUAUUCUAUUUCUUACUGUAACUUGUUAAUAUUAUAUACGCAGUCAACAAGGUACUCUUUAUUAUAUUAUCUUCUUGGAAAAAAGCGUAACUUUUUAAAAAAAGAAUUAAUUAAAGAAUGAAUAAAUGAAUUAAUUAAUAGAAACCCGGUCCAAUAGAUGUAGAAGUGUCGGUAUUGUUGUUCUCUUUCUUAUUUAAAAAAAAAUACAUUUUAAAUGUGAAUAUAUUCUAUAUUUUUUUAAUUAAUUAAAUAAUUAGAAGUGAAACUCUGUAGAAACGCACUAAUUAUAUUCGUUUCUUUCGAGUUUAAUUGAGAAGUACAAUCAAGGAGUUUGUUAAUAAUACUUCCGUUAUUAUUGAUAUGUAAAUAAUUGAAUAAAAUUGAUAUUCUACAUAUCA